CCCAUCAUUGACUCAUCCAAGACACAUCUCACACAUUCUCGACUGGUCAUCCAAGUCCUCAUCUCACAGUUCAGACGAUACUUCAGUUGACAUCCCACUUACACCCAUCUCACACAAAAUCUCGAAGCGUACAACCACCACCACCACCCAAAACACAUACACACACACCAAACACAUAAAACCCACCAAGAUGCCUUCCCAAAUCUUCGUCACCGAGCCUCACCCCACCGUGGCACCAAACACCUACAUCUACUCCGGCCGCGGCGGCUUCGGCAACAUCCGCAAGGCGCCCCAGGUCCUCACCCCGGCCACCGGCAUCACCACGCCCCUCAAGCCCACCGGCAACGGAGACGCAACCCGCCGCUUCUACUCUGGCAUCGGCGGCGCCGGCAACCGCCACGAGGCCUCUGAGCGCCUCGUCCGCACCUUUGACGAGGACUUUGACCGCCAGGAGGUUCGCGACCGCGCCGCCGUCGGUCACGUCGGUAUCGGCGGCGCCGGCAACGUCACCCGCCGCGUCUCGGACGCUUCCUCCGUCCACAGCGGCGCUUCGGAUGAGUCUGCGUCAACUUCUUCGCUCAAGUCUCUCAAGAACCGCGGCGGCAACUUCUGGCGCCGGGUCACCAAGGCUAACUGAGCCGUCUCUGCACACCUCUUUUCUUUUUCAUAAUCACAACGGCACGGCGUUUUACGGAAACCAAAGAAAAAGCACACACGGGAAUGAGUUAUCAAGGACAUAGCGGAAGCGGCCUCGGAAUGGCUUGUAUUUUCUGGGGAAUGGCAUGAGAGCGAGCGCGGCGGGACACAAUACCCCCAGAUACACCCAUCUGGUUGUUCAGCAAAGUAGUACUUGGAGGGACCAUUUAUUGGUUUCCUCUUGAAUAUCAAUUGUUUCACACUUCAUUAAUGACUUCAACUACGC